AUGGCGGAGGAGGAGGAUGGGAGAGACCUGGAGUCUUUGGCCACAGAUGAGGAGGAUUCAGAGCCGAGCUGCGAGGAGGGAGCGGGCAGCCUGAGCACGGCGAUGGUGGAGGACGGGUCGACUCUGAUCAGACGGAUGGAGAUCUGUGUCGCAGAAGCCGAGAAAAGAACCGGCAAAAACGCAGUGAACAUGGGCGAGAACUACACCGUGUACCUCAUCGAGACCAGGCCCAUGGACGCGGUGAACGAGGGCAGGAACCCGGCCCCGGACUCUCUGUGGAGGAGGUACAGCGAGUUUGAACUGCUCCGGAACUAUCUGCUCGUCACAUACCCCUACGUCAUAGUGCCCCCCCUGCCCGAGAAGAGGGCGGAGUUCGUGUGGCAUAAGCUCUCGGCCGAUAACAUGGACCCAGACUUCGUGGAGCGGCGCCGCGUCGGACUCGAGAACUUCCUGCUCCGAGUCGCGUCACAUCCGGUUCUGUCCAACGACCAGAUCCUCCACCACUUCCUCACCGAGGAGGUCGGGUGGAAGGAGGCCGUGUACGACACUGGAUUUCAGGCCAAGGCCGACUCCAGACUCCGAGCUCUCAGCGCCACCUUCAGGGUCAGGAACCCCGACAAGCGUUUUGUGGAGAUGAAGCACUACAGCGACGAGCUCCAGUCCCACACGUCUCAGCUGCUCCGAGCGCGAGCCAGAGUGGCAGAUCGGCUCUACGGAGUUUACAAAGUGCACGGGAACUACGGACGAGUCUUCAGCGAGUGGAGCGCCAUCGAGAGAGAGAUGGGAGACGGACUUCAGAGCGCAGGACACCACAUGGACGCGUUUGCAGCUUCGAUUGACGACAUCCUGGAGGAGGAGGAGCACUACGCCGACCAACUCAAAGAAUAUCUGUCCUACGCCGAGGCCCUCAGAGCCGUGUGCAGGAAACAUGAGCUGACACAGUUUGAGCUGGAGGUGUCCACCCAGGACCUGAUCACCAAGAGGCAGCAGAGAGAGGAGCUGGCCACAGGGAUGGUUCGCACGUUCUCGCUCAAAGGCGUCACAAAUAAACUGUUCGGUGCCGAGGCUCCGGAGCAGAGAGAAUCUCGACUGAAACUUCUGGAGGAAAUGAUCUGUGAAGGACAAGACUCAGUCAAAGAGAAAACUCUGGAACGACAGGAGCACGUGGAGCGGGGGCUCGUGGACAUGCAGCGUUUUAAAGAGCAGAAGGACAAAGACCUGAAGGAGGCGCUGCUGAGUUACGCCCUGAUGCAGGUGUCCAUGUGCAAGAAGGGCAUCCAGGUGUGGAGCAACGCCAAAGAAUGUUUCCUCAAAAUGUAACUCCAGUCCCACUUUAACUCUGAAUUUAAAGCUGCACUGUGUAACUUUUCGGUUGUUGGUCCUUCACCUGUUUUUUUUUUCUAUGGUUACGUCACCGCUCUGCCUGGAAUGUUCCACAGUGUGACUUUAAACAGAUCUACUUUACAUUUAUUCAAUCACAGGUUUGUUUGUUUUGUUUUUAAUCUCAAAAAUCCCUCAAAAAACCGACAUUUCUGACUGUGAGCGGGGUCGCCUCUCCACAGAUCUGACCUGGAACUCGCUCUGGUUUGGUCUCCGUGGAGAUAGAAAGGUUUAUUUAAUGCCACACUGUGAAACAUUCCAGACCAAGCAGAAACAUCUCCCUGGAGAAAAGCGUUCCACCAGGAAAAGUUACACUGUGCAGCUUUAAGUUACUCUUACUCGAGUAGUACUUUUCCCAAAUACUUUUAACUCUUACUUGGAGCUCUACCUUGUACUUCUACUCGAGUAAAUAUUAUUUUGAAGCAACAGAGAUUAAACCAAACCCUCUUGUUGUUGUUGUUGUUUUAUUGUAAGUUUGUCUAAAUAAGUAAAAGUUUAAAUCAUGAAUAAAUUCUUAAAUCAGA